AUGAUUAGUUGUAUAGUAUCAAGUUGUUUAUAUAUAGUAGGUACUUUGAUUGGUGUUGUAGCAGGUCUUGUCUUAUUGACUAGACUAUACUAUCAAUCAAAGAGACCUUCAACCUAUACAAUUGGAUUCUUCCAUCCAUACUGUGCAGCUGGUGGAGGUGGUGAACGUGUACUAUGGUGUGCUGUAAAGGCUAUUCAAGAAUCAUACCCAGAUGCAAAUUGUCUCGUCUAUACUGGUGAUACUAUAUCUGACGAUGAAAUAUUCAACAAGAUUAAUAAUACAUUUAUGAUUGAAUUAAAAAGAAAGAAUAUUGAAUUUAUUAGAUUAACAAAGAGAAAAUAUGUUGAAGAUUCAUUGUAUCCUGUCUUUACAUUGUUGGGACAAUCAUUGGGAUCGAUGAUACUUGGUAUGGAAGCAUUGUCAAAGUGUAAUCCACACGUUUAUAUCGAUACUAUGGGUUAUGCAUUCACUUAUCCCAUCUUUAGAAUAUUGGGUGGUAGCAAGGUUGCUUGUUAUGUACAUUAUCCAAUUGUUAGUAGUGACAUGAUUGUAAAGGUUGCAAACCAACAAAACCUUACUCUCAAAAGAAAGAUAUUCUCAAAUGUUAAAUUAGUAUAUUAUAAGAUAUUUGCAAUUAUUUAUAGAUUAGUUGGUAAUUUAUCACAAUUGGUAUUUGUAAAUGGAACAUGGACUGGUAAUCAUAUUAGUACAUUAUGGAAGAGAACUUUCAAAAAGGAUGUUAUAUUAUUGUAUCCACCGGUUGAUGUUAGUUCACGUAUUGCUCUACCAUUGAACUGGCAAAAGAGAAAGAAUAUGGUUCUAUCAAUUGCUCAAUUCAGACCUGAAAAGGAUCAUAUGCUACAAUUACUUACAUUGGAUCAUUUGUUAAAAACACAUCCACAACACAAGAAGGAUUUGGAGUUGGUGAUGGUUGGCAGUUGUCGUGGUGAAGAGGAUAGAGGACGUGUUGAACAGCUAGAGAAAAAGAUAAAGGAACUUGGUUUGGAAAAGAAUGUACGCAUUUGUGUUGGUGUCUCUGCUCAAGAGUUGAAUGAUCUAUUUGCACAGGCAUCGGUUGGUAUUCACACAAUGUGGUGUGAACAUUUUGGUAUUGGAGUUGUCGAGUUGAUGGCCGGUGGUCUGAUCCCAGUGGCUCAUGACAGUGCAGGUCCAAAGGAGGACAUUGUACUUCCAGGAACCGGGUUCCUAGCCACCACCAAAGAACAAUACGCCAACUAUAUCCACGAAAUCAUCGCCAACAAACCAAAGUAUGCAGACAUGCAAAAAGCUGCCCGUGAGUCAACCAACCGUUUCUCAGAGACCACUUUUAUUCAACAAUUUAAAAAUCAUAUUAAAUUAAUCAUUGACUAUAAAUCGAAAAAUAUUAAAAAGGAUCAAUAA